CAACACUAAGCUUCGGCUGCCAUGAUUUGGCGUUUGUCUUGUCAUCUAUUAGUGCAUCGUCUAGAAAAUUACAAAAAUGUUUUAUGAAAAGCUUUAUUGGGUGCAACUGUUCUUAGUAUCUAUUUUAAUUAGUUCUAUUGUAGCAGAAUGGAACACAAGGGAUUACAUAAGACGAGAACAUUCACUCACAAAACCUUACCAAGGAGGCGGGUAUUCGGUGCCUUACUGGGACUUCUUAGGUAACACUAUAGUGACUUCGAACUACGUGAGACUAACUCCGGACCUGCAAUCGAAGUCAGGAGCAAUUUGGAACACAGUUCCAUGUCAAACACGCAACUGGGAGCUGCAAGUUCAAUUCAAAGUCCAUGGUCGUGGCAAGGACCUGUUCGGCGAUGGGUUCGCGAUAUGGUACGUCCGCGACCGUAUGCAGACAGGACCUGUCUUUGGAAGCAAGGACUACUUCCAGGGGCUGGCCAUCAUUCUUGAUACCUACAGCAACCACAAUGGUGCUCAUAAUCACCAGCACCCGUACAUAUCGGCGAUGAUAAACAACGGGUCGCUCCACUACGACCACGACCGCGACGGCACACAUACACAGAUCUCCGGCUGCGAGGCCAAGUUCCGCAACUAUAACCACGAUACACACAUCUCUAUUACUUACAUCGAUGAUACACUUACUGUAUCAACGGACUUAGAAGGCAAGAACGCGUGGAAGGAAUGCUUCAAAGUGGAGAAUGUGUUGCUACCUACCGGAUACUUCUAUGGCGCGUCGGCCACCACCGGGGACCUGAGCGACAACCACGACAUCAUCGCCAUUAAGAUGUUCGAGCUCGACUUGUUGGAGGCUCAAAACAAAGAUGAAGACCGUUCCCAAAUCAUUCCCUCGGCGGCAUCAUUCGAGGCUCCUCGCGAGAGGAUCGAGGACUCCAAACCAGCAAUGUCAGGAGUUAAAACCUUCCUAUAUAUGAUGGCGAUAGCCAUUGUAAUCAUAGUACUAGUCGUCCUCGGCAUCAUGUACUACCAAAAACGUCAAGAGCAAAGCCGAAAACGACUUUAUUGAAGAAAUAAUAAAGCUUAAAUUGGUUUCAAUGACAUUCCCGUUGUUUUUUGCAAGCUUUCGGUUUUUUCUUUCUCAGUGAGGGUAGUUGUAAAGUGUUUGCCAAAAUUUUCUGUAAUGAAAUUUUAAAUCGUCUCGAAGUAAAGUUUAUAUGAAUUAUUGAAAUAUGGAAUGACAGCGACCUCUACAACUGUCAUGUAAAAGAAAAGAGAAGCAUGAUAUGGAUUGUGAUGUCAUCGCUACUAAAAUCCAUGUGUAAGAGCGAUAUAACUAUAUUUUUAGGCGAUAAUGGUUCCGUUAACAUUCUUUUUUCAUAUAUACAACUACCCUGUUAACGUCAAAUAUAUGGUUUAAGAACAUUAUUUAUCAUUUAAAAGGAAUGUCUGAAGAGUACAGGUGAUGUUUUUUUGCGGUGGUAGAUUUAUUACUGAUGAGUGAGUGAGGUAGCGCUAUACGCAAACGAUGUGUUAGAAAGAGACAAACGUCUCUAUUAUUAAAAGGUACCAAUUUAACGUUGUGUUUUUAAUAUUUAAUAAAGAAAAAGCAAUAUGGUUUUGUAAUAACAAUAAUUUUAUUGUUUAUUUAAGUAUUCAUACAAAUAUAACACCAAGACUAUUUAUAUUACAAAUUAUGAAACUUAAAAGACUAAUUGUAACGAUAUUCUAAGAUUUGUAACUCCAAAUAAAUUAUCUUUUAUGUAUAUUGUACAAAACUUAAAAGCUGUCAAGACGACAGAAAUCUGUCACUAAGAAGUCAGAUUAAUUAAUAGAUUUUGAACUCUAUUACAGAGCUGUAAGGGUUGAAAAUCGAUUAAAGAUGUUCUAGACUUUGCGACCGAUUAGCCUUUA